ACACAAGUAUGACCAUUUUUGUGGCAGCAGCUGAGCGGCGGACUGAGUUGUCUCUUCACGGUUCUCACGUCUGUUAUAAGUCCCGCCUCCUGGCGCACGAUGGGCACGUGGCAUAACAAGUGAGAAAUAUGGCAGAAGUAGCUCCAUCAGCUGUUGUAAUCCCGGCGGAUGUUCCGCAUAAGCCUCCUCCUGCUCCUCGGCCUAAGAAGGGAGCCAGCAUCUACAAACUCAUCGUGGCUAUCGUGGCCGAGUCCAAGGAUCGCAAGGGAAUGUCUCUGACGGCGCUCAAGAAGGCUCUGGCAGUGAAAGGCGUGAAUGUGUCCAAGGGCAACAAGCGCAUCAACAACGCCGUUACGAAGUUGGUCACAUCAGGAACCCUGAGCCGAACCAAAGGGACCGGAGCAUGCGGCUCCUUCAAGCUCGCUAAGCCUAAGAGAGACCCAAAAGCCUCCAAUCAAAAGAAGGCGGUGAAGAAGAAGGCUUCAGCCAAGGCAAAGCGAUCGACCGGCAAGAAAGCUAGCGCUCCCAAAAGGCCCGCCAAAAGAGCAGCGGCCAAGAAGUCCCCGAAGAAGUCACCGGCAAAGAAAGUAGCUAGAAAGGUAAAGAAGAGCCCCAAGAAAACCGUCGUUAGGAGGCCGAAAACUGUCAAGAGGCCGAAGUCUGCAAAGAAACCAAAGCCUGCUAGGAGACCCGCAGCUAAAAGACCGGUAGCCAAGAAAAGGCCGAUAAAAAGGCGCCCAGCUAAGAAGGCUAGGAGGUACUAGUAAACACCGCUUCACCCACUGCUUAAAGCACCAA